GUUUGCAUGAUGGAGUCCACAUACAAGUCUCUCAUUUCCUCCGGGAUAAAGAUAAAAGUCAGCUCCACCUUGGACAAUUCUGUCGGAAAGAAGAAUAUCAUUGAUGAUAACCUCGAGACUUGCUGGACAUCUCAACAGGGUCUUCCGCAGUAUAUCCAACUGGUGUUCCCCGAACUAGUGAUACCGAAAAGCAUAUCCCUUACUUUCCAAGGCGGAUUCGUCGGGACACGGUGUUCUGUAGACGUCCUUGCUUCAUCAGAAGGUGCCAAGUGGAAGUCUUUUACACGGAUAUACCCUGAGGAUGUAAACCGGCGGCAGACCUUCGACCUAGUCCCACACGACUUGAGUUCAGAUCCCACGACGGAAGGGGUCAAGGCCAUCAAAGUCGUAUUUGAGGAGAGCUCUGACUUCUUUGGAAGGAUCACUGUAUAUGACUUGAAGCUCGAAGGGGUGGCUUUAUAAUUGUUCGAUCUGUUCGGGCUAUCGAGGAACCUUUUCCAACCCUCGGAGGCAACUUAGUUCGCAUCUUGCCUUUCGCUACAUUUCACGUCGUGUGACAACCGACAUACCUAGAAGAACAGUACUGGAUUACAUCUACAUUUAAAAUACUGCGGGGAUAAAGCAUUAGCACCCACCGGUCGUAUGAAUUGUAGCUAAGGCGGAACUUGAUGGGCGUUUUGCGUAUAUAUCCGCAAACUACGAGAGGUCCGUUGGUACUUACUUAUCCUAAUGCAUAUGCUUUCUUUCCAUAGUACCUCGAUUCAGAAUAGGUAUUUAAUUUGGUCGCUAUUGUGUCUUAUUGUUAGCUAAUUUAGUUAGCAUGAGCUCCGCAUUAACUAUUACUUCGAACACUCGAACUCCACGUAGAUAUCUAACCAUUCAAUGGCCCCUAAGAAGAACUCAAUUGUAUUGCAGUAUAAAAUGAUUCAUUACGCCACU